CCUUUCCUAGUUGCCGUGAGCCUUUGACCAUGUCCAUGGAGCUUCCACUGUCCUUGAAGGGGCAUGUGGUGGCCCUGCCUUUCCCCACCAGGGGCCACGUCAACCCCUUGAUCAACCUCUGCAAAUUUCUCGCUUCAAGACGGCCCUGUGAUGCUAUUAUCACCUUCGUCGUCACCCAGGAGUGGCUUGGCUUCAUCCAAUCCUGCCCUAAGCCCCACACUAUCCGCUUCGCCACCAUCCCCAACGUCAUCCCCUUGGACGCCCAAAUCCUCGACGAUGUUCCUUCUUUCACCGAAGCCGUCGCCACCAAGCUGAGACCUGCGUUCGAGCAGCUUCUCGAUCAGCUUCAGCCGCCGGUUACUGCUAUUGUCUCUGAUGCUGAGUUGGCAUGGCCAGCCGCCGUGGCAAACCUUAGGAAUCUUCCGGUUGCUCUGUUGUGGACCAUGUCGGCGUCGUUCUUCGAAACUUUCCGUCUGCUGGAUAUCUUCGCCCCCACACCUGACCGUCUUUUGUCGGUUCAUCUUUUGGAUGAGCGAGCUCAGCACAUUAAGGCACUCUCUCCCUCACAGCUCACUGAUCUGCAAAAGCUACUUCGUGAAAGCGAUCUCCAUUUUUUGAAGCUUGCCCUGAAUUGCAUACCAGGAUUGGGCAAAACUGAUUGUCUCCUCCUCAAUCCAAGAGCUAGAGGCCGAACAAAUAAAUUAUCUAAAAGCUAUACUCCCCUUUCGUGUCUAUCCCAUAGGCCCUGCCAUACCUUUUAUGGAACUCGAUUCAUCGACCAAUACCGUUGA